UUGUCGGACUGUGAAGACGAUUUGAACGUGCAAUUAUUCGACCAAUAUUCAACGGCUAUUAUCGAGCUAGAAAAACGAAGACGGGAACUCGAGGAAGUGGAGGAAUCGGGAUCUUUAUUAUUGCCGAACACAAAGACCACCUCCAAGUCUUACACGAUUGCUCCUAUAGUGGCUCGACGUGUCGAUGACUCCAUGUCCAAAGACUCGGAGACUACACCAUCGAAGCGUACGACGACGGAGAUAGCUCGUUCUGGGAGCAAAGUCAAACGAGCAUUGUUCCUGAAGGCGAGCUCAAAAUCAAAGAAGCGGAGAGCAUCGACAUCCGACGAAGACGACGAGGACAUCGUACAAAUUCUUGGAAUAAGAUAA